CUGCUGCAGACCUGCACACUGACUCAGCUGAAAGAGAAUCCGGAUCUGCACCUUUUGCUUUGGAUAAUGGCAUUUAAGAAACAGAGAAAAGAAGUGGCCCUUGACACUACUGAAGAUUCUGCUGGUGAUUCUGAGAUGGGACGUGUGAAAAACAAUCACAGACCUGAAAAUAUCAGAUAAAUUAAAAUUUCUGGACUUAAGGAAACAGAAGAAAAGUUCAAAAUGUACCCAUGAAAUGCUAUCAGAAGUGGCCCUUGAUACUACUGAAGAUUUUGCUGGUGAUUCUGAGAUGGGACGUCACAGAAUGAAAAUAUCAGAUAAAUUAAAAUUUCUGGACUUCAGGAAACAGAAGAAGAGUUCAAAAUGUACCCAUGAAAUGCUAUCAGUGGCACUUGACACUACUGAAGAUUCCGCUGGGGAUUCUGAGAUGGGACGUGUGAAAAACAUGAAAAUAUCAGAUAAAUUCAAAUUUCUGGACUUCGUGAAACGGAAGAAGAGUUCAAAAUGCACCCCUGAAAUGCUAUCAGACCUUGACUUCAGUGAGAACCUGAAACAGAACCACCUGGCUGAAGCACAGCAGCAAUUGGUGGCAGCAGAGGAACGUCUCUUUGGGAAUUCAAAUGAAGCUGAAAGAGCGGUGGAAGACAGAGACAUGUUGCAGAAAGAGUAUGACGACUUCAUUUUGUAUCUGAGGAUGAUCAUCCAUGAGUCUUUUAAUGAGGACAACCAAGAGAAACUCAAGAGUGCAUUGACUUCCAUACUUCAGGAGGAGGCACAAGACAGACGCUGGGAAAAGCUAGCAGCCAAUGAACGUCCACCUUGGAGACCAACGAGGUGCAGAGAGAUCCAUGACUCACUACUCCAAACUGUUGUGGAGGAACGUAUGAAAAAACCAGAUGAACAGGAGAAUUCAGCGGACAACCUGUCUAGUUCCUUGAAGAGAGAGGUGUGCCGAAUGGGCAAACAAGUGCAAAAAGAUCUGCUCAGGGUGGUCAUAAGGUUGAGAGAAUGUUAUCCACCAGACUUUGAGAUAUGCACAACGUAUGCCCUGCUUUACCAUCAGGCGUUCUCCACCAGACUCGGAGAGCUGGCAAGAGCUGAUAUUGACUUUGAGGAUUGCCACUACAUAUUGAGUUGGGUUGCCAAGUUCUAUCCAUGUGAUGUGCUGAAGCACAAAGAACUGGAGGAGCACAUCAACCAUUCUUCUCUUGGACCUCUGUUGCCUAAAGAAGAUCUUAAGAAAUUACAGGAACAGUACUUUUCAUACAAAGAGACUGAAGUCAAAAAGUGGAUGUCAUAUGCUUUUGAGAAAGAAAUGAAGAGAUGGGGUGAUGGCAUGGAACCUGAACUCAUGGAUGGAUACUACUUCAGUGACCUUGCUGUCGCUCUUAUACCUCUUAUUCAUUCAGCUGUGACAGACAUCAAAACAAUUAUGGGCUCUGAAAGUAAAUCUGGAUAUAUUAUUUGCCACUUGGACAGUUUUCUAAUAAGCUACAUGAAAUGUCUUGAGGAUCAUAUUAAAUCAAAACAAGAAAAUAUUCCCAAAACUCUCAGUGCUAGUCUGGUUACCGUUCACCUGUUUGGGGAUUAUGUACAAAAGGCAGAAAAUCUGUUCCCUGAGGAGACCAAAACAGCAUGUUUAUCCACAAUAGCAGACAUCAAAACAAUUUGUCACAGAUAUUUUCUCAGUCGAAUUCACACAGAUCUGAAGCCACUGUACCGUAAGCUUUGGACUCAAGCCUGGUUAGCAGAGCACCAUGAAGUAAUACAAGGGCUGGUGAAUGAGCUUGAAAAUCACAUAGAUAAUCUGAAACAGCUGAAGCCUGUCUGCCGUGAGGAACUUGUGGGCAAGCUGCAUGUUGAAGUAAUGGUCGAGUAUGUGCGGCGAAUGAUGAAGAGAAAACUGAAGCUGAAAGUGAAAUCAAAGCAGGAACAAACUGCAGAUUUAAUGUGCAAAGACAGCCAAAUAAUCUGCUCUGUGUUUGUCGAAGCGGGGUCAAAAGAGGAAUGGCUUCAUGAAAUAGUGCCAAAGUUAUCUGAGAUUCUGAGACUUCAGGACCCUGGGAGUCUGCAACUUGAGAUUGUCACUCUAGUAAAAGACUUUCCUGACUUGAGUGAGCAGCAUAUUCUGGCUAUCUUGAACAUGAAGACCAACCUUUCGAGUUCAGAUCUGCGCAAGAUCAAAGGGUGUUUGAGGGACAACAGGAGCUUUCUAGAUGCUGAGUCUUCAUCUUCCUUCUUUUCUAAAGUGACAUGUUCGAAAACCCGCAGGCCACGCAGUUGCUUCCCCCGACUGCAUGGAGGAAAAGCACGAUGGGAAACGACUUGCUGACGACACA